AUGGCAGCUUUCGCCAUCUUCUGCCGCGUCCUCCUGCUCGUCGUCAAUGCGGCAGCAAUCCUCCACCGCCGCCAUCUCCCCGCACUCCGUCGCCGUCGGAUCUUCCGCGGCGACGCCGCGAUACUCAUCAUGGUGCUAGGGGCCUCGGCUAUCUGCCACGCCGUCGCCGCCGGUCCCAACGACGACACCGAGGCAAUCCAGGCCCUCGCUGCCGCGGGCUUCUUCAUGUGGGUGGCCGGCGUUGGCCUGCUGCUGCUGGCUCUCACGCCCGGCCGCUUUCCACCACCAGUGGCGGCUGCACCUGCACUUGUCGCGGCUCAGCUCGUGCAAGCAGCGGUCAGAGCCUUGCUCUAG